AUGGCAGCCACGAGCAUUACUUCGAAAUUCAGCCUCAAAGGCAAAUCAUACAUUGUGACUGGAGGUGCCAUGGGUAUUGGCUACUGCAUCACAAAAGACAUUGCAGAAUCUGGCGCAAAUGUGGCAGUUCUCGAUCUCAGAAGUGAACCGCUUGAGGACGUGUACGGCUUAGCAAAGCAGUUUGGCGUGAAAGCAGACUAUUUCCAGGCAGAUGUCAGCGAUGAGAAGUCUUUGACAGCUGCUUUUGAGAAGGCAGUACAGUCGUUAGGCAGGAUCGAUGGUAUUGUGACCGCUGCCGGCAUCGCCAUUGACAAGCCAUUUGUUGAUCAAAAGUGGGAGGAAGUCGAAAAAGUGCUCCAAGUCAACGCUAUGGGUUCUUUCUUCGCAGCACAGCUGGCAGUCAAGCAGCUUCAGAAGCAAGGCACAGGCGGCAGCAUUGGUGGCGUGAAAAUGCUGUCCAAGGUCCUGUCAGCAGAACUUGCGCCGAAGGGCAUCAGAGUGAACUCCAUAAGUCCCGCCUUUAUUGAGACAAACCAGACCAGAGGUGCCAGAGAACAUACCACCAAGGCCGCUGGUGACUUGAUGCAGACUGCACCACCAAUGGGACGAAUUGGCCAGCCAGAUGAAGUUUCGCCUGCCGCCAUCUUCUUCCUCAGCGAUGCUGCCACUUAUGUUACUGGAGCAGAUAUACUUGUCAGUGGUGGCAUUCAUACCGGCCGAGGAGGAGAUUACGAUAUGGUGUAG